AAAGCAUGGAGCCGCCCGCGCAGUGACCACUUCAAGUCUUGGCGUUUGGAUAAAGGCGAUGCCGGAGUUCACCAGAUGAAGUCGACAGUUGUGCCAAUGAGACACAUAUGUCGCGAUGAAAUUGACUGUCGAUAUCACUCUCAUCUCGAUAUGCUGCGGAGUGGUCUACGAGAACGUGCUUCGUCCACCGCCAGCCUGACAGUCCUCAGAUGCAGGCAAUGCGAGGCGAUGGGGCAGAGAUAGAUGACUGGGUACCUCGACCGCCUCCGUCUGUCCUAGCUCGAGCUCCGCCUCACAUCAGGAGAUCUCACCUGAUCUUCUACUUUCUCUCAUUGCCUAUAUCUCCUUCUGUUCACUUUCUCUCACCCAUCCCAUCCAUCACUCCUCAACACCAACAUGUCCGUCCAUUCCUCCAAACACGGCAAAAGCAAGGUGCCCGAGGAGCAUUACGAGCUCCCCUCGGCGCAAACGCUGCAAGAAGCCGGCGAACUCGAAGUCGCCGACGAGUAUGGGCGCAAGGUGCAGUUCAAGAAGCUGUACGACAGCAAAGGCGGCCAGCAGCUCAUCGUCUUCAUCCGCCACUUCUUCUGCGGCAACUGCGAGGACUACAUCCGCACGCUGUCCAAGGAACUGCCGCCCUCCGUUCUGCACACUUCGUCUCCCCCAACCCAUUUGACCAUCAUCGGCUGCGGUGAGAUCUCGCCCAUUCCCAACUACCGCACGCGUACCAUGAGCGACAUCCUGGGCACAGACACCCACUUUACCAUCUACUGCGACCCCUCCCGCAAGCUCUACGCCAAGCUGGGCAUGCUGAGUAACAUGUCGACGGCGCCAGACGGCAAGAAACCAGGCUACCUGACGAAAAGCAAGCUGGAAAACGUCACCUCGAGCCUGAAGAAUGCCGUGAUGAGUGGCGCGGAUGCCAUCAAGGGUGGCCAUCCCGCGCAGAACGGAGGCGAGAUGCUGUUUGCCAAUGGCGAGCUGGUCUGGUUCAAGCGCAUGCGUCACACCGAGGAUCAUGCGGAGGUAGAGGAAUUGAAGCAAGUCCUGGGGCUGGUGUGAGUGUGACUGUGUAUGGGCCCCUCGCAAUGCUAUCGUAGCCGCUCAAGAUUACAUGAAUGUAUCCGAGGUUGGGCUCUCCACCGCUCAAACGAAUAAUGACAAU